CAUGUAAACAACGGUAAACAACAACAACAACAACAACAUUUCUUCUGUGGUUAUUGAUGGAGACCCUGAGGUGACCACGCCCUGCGUCUAUUAUCGGACAGCCUCCAUCCACUAACACGGGCUGAGCCUCGUUUCUCACUGUGAUCACUCUCGUCUGAUGCCAGUUUACACAGUGAGCRAAUUAUCGGACAAAUAAUUGACCUGGAGUUUAAGCUGAUGUACGGGAUGCUGUUCUCCAUCCGCUCCUUUGUCAGCAAGAUGUCUCCUCUGGACAUGAAAGAUGGCUUCCUGUCCUUCCAGACCAGCAAGUACCGUCUUCAUUACUACGAGACUCCCAGUGGACUGAAGUUUGUCCUGAACACCGACCUGUCAGUGAGCAACGCCAGAGAGACCCUGCAGCACAUCUACAGCAAC